AUGACCAUCACCAAGUUCAAAUUCGGCAAGAAGAAGAAGCCAGCCGAACCCGUCAAUGAAUACGUCAUCGACGACGUGGCAUAUCUUCGAAGACCCUCGUUUCUGUCGCAGCCGCCUGUUCGCACGCCUCCGGAUUCUUUGGGCGAAGACGCCGGCGAAAAUACCCAUCUCGGUGAGGUGGAAAAUGAGUUUGAGCCAAAACCCAACUUUCCCAUUGAAGCGGUACCCUGGAAACGGCACAAGCUUUUCACGACGCCAUUUCCAAGAUACCGCCACCUGGCGCUGUCCGUGUCGCUGGAGAAAAACGAGAUUUUCGUCAUGGGCGGCUUGAAAGACGGUUCUGUAUUUGGCGACACAUGGAAGAUAGUGCCUCAAAUCUCCCCUCUGGGGGUCUCGAUCGAUGGCUUUGUGGCCCAGCACGUCGAGGUCACGAACAACAACAAUCCUCCGGCUAGAGUCGGCCAUUCCUCGAUUCUCUGCGGAAAUGCCUAUAUCAUUUAUGGUGGAGACACUGUAGACACAGACUACCAGGGAUUCCCCGAUGACAACUUCUAUAUGUUCAACAUCAACAACUGCAAGUACACGGUUCCACUGCACAUUUUGAACAAGCCAAAGGGAAGAUAUGGCCACCUGAUCGGUGUGGUGCUGAUGAACACUUCCAGCUCCAGAUUGUAUCUCUUUGGCGGCCAGUUGGAGAACGACGUCUACAACGACAUGUACUACUUUGAGUUGAACUCAUUCAAGCUGCCCAAGGCCAGAUGGGAGAUCGUAGAGCCCCUCAAUAACUCCAAGCCUCCGCCUUUGACCAACCACACCAUGUGUGUACACAAACACAAAGUUUACAUUUUUGGAGGUAUUUACAAUAACGAGAAGGUCUCCAAUGACUUGUGGUGCUUUGACACAUUGGUCAACAAGUGGCUGCAAAUACAGACAUCGGGCGAUCUUCCAAAGCCAGUCAACGAACACUCCGCCUGUAUCGUCUCUGACAUUUUAUAUGUCUACGGCGGAAACGACUUCUCGGGCACAAUCUACGACACCUUGUAUGCAUUAGAUCUCAAGAGUUUCUCGUGGUCGAAGCUCAGCAAAGAGUUGGAAAAAGACGGUCCCGGCGCCCGUUGCGGCCACACCAUGAGUUUCAUUCCCAAAUUAAACAAGCUUAUAGUCAUGGGCGGCGACAAAAAUGACUACGUAAAUCCUUCCAGAAACGACUACGAGACGUACGAGGAGAGCAAUGGCCAAGAUGCGGGCACCAUGAUCUACGAGUUGGACUUGACCACCGCCAACCACUAUAUGAACACCCUGCGUCCUCAAAAGAGAGCAGCCUCCGCGGGCGGAGCUGCUGGUCUUGUCAGCCGUAGAGCUGCUUCGCCUCUGCCUUCGGAGGACGCUUAUACUCGUCACCGCCGUAGCCUCAGCAACAACCUAGAUGACUACAAGACUCCCAAUGGAUCGUUGGACCAUCUUGCGCGCUCGCUUGACCCCAAAGUCGAUUCCAAGGCGCAGAAAUUCGAAGACAACGGAUACGAUGACAAGUUUGUGGAAGUACCCUCAAGCGCCGUGAGCGCUCAAGUCAAUCUUGAUGAUCAAUCCAACGCUGAAGAGCCCUUUUCACAUGGAAAGUAUCGUGAAGACAGACUCUCUCCUUUGCAAGAUGAUUUGGACGACACUCCUGAUUUUAGAAGAGCCGCCAACAACGAUACCCCCAUUCUUACCAGAGAUUUUGCACAUCUCUCGGAUGCCGCUUACGAGGAGACGGAACCCGUGCCCAUAGUAUCUCACAAAAGCAAAGCUAUGUACUCUAACGGAGAAAUUAAGGACAGAGUCUCUUCUGAUAGUUCCGAAAAAAUGAACGAGUUGCAGAGCCUCAUCAAUGACUUGAAGAACAAAGUCGAGCACUUGGAAGCAGAAAAAUCCGAGGAGAAUGAAAGAAGCCAGCUGGAAAUCGCCGAUUUGAAGAUGCAAAUAAGCAACUCAAGGACUGAAGCUGCCAACCUCGAGGCUGUCCACGACAAGGAAUUAUCUGAGAGAGAAAAACAGAUCAAAGACCAAGAAGCGCUUCUUUUGGAACUCAAAACGGCUUUGGGUCCAGAAGCUUUGAAUACUAGCACCGCUUCCGAUACUCUUCCUGUAAAAGGCAUCACAGAGCUCACGAGAUUCAAGCUCCUCUCUCUAGACUUGCAAAACCAAUUGACACAUGUCACUUAUGAAAACCUGAAUUUGAAGGAGAAGCAGGCCCGGUUUGAGCCUUUCAUGAAUAACCAAAUCGAGGAGCUUUCCUCGUUGCAAAAGAUCAUCAAGGCGCAAGAAGAGCGGAUCGGCUUCUUAACAACUCAAAUCAAGCUGGAGCUGGUUCUUCUCGAACAAAUCGCCACCUUGAAACAUGAGAAGGAGGAUUUGCAAAUGCAAUUUGACAACUACAAGGUUCUCAACGCUCCUCUAGAUGUGAGCGACGAAGAGGACGACGAAGACGAGCUUGGAGAGGGUUCUCCUAGAAAAGAUUUUUCCGGCCAGCUUUCCACCAAAUUGAGUGAUCUUGUUUCCUUAUGGCAAGUUUCGUCUCUGCGCAACUCUGCCAACACAAGAGAGAUCAGCGAUAACGAGGUUGUAUCUCAGCUUCAGAAGCAGGUGGAAGAGUUGUCUGCUAUGGUAGACUCACAGCAGAAGCUUUCCGCCUCCGAGGUCGAGGAAUUACAAGGUGAGUUGGCCACCACUGCUGCCUCCUUGAAGGUGUUCGAGACAAACUAUAGAGACGCAAUGCAAGCCGCCAAGAGAACAGGCGAUGCUCUUGACUUGACCAGAGAUGAGUUGCAGCUCAAGAAAACGACCAUCGAAAAAUUGCUGAAAGAGAUCGACGAAUUGAAAUUGUAUACGAAGUCAGGUCCAAAGAGCGCCGACAAUGACAGCGCUGGCGCAGAAGACUUCAACAACCAAGAUGUUCACAAUGGAGUAGCCGCUCACUUCAAUAUGAAGAUGAAGGAAAUGGAGGCCGAGAUAUUCGUGAUGAAAAACGAAAACGAGAACUUGGCGAGCCAAGUUUCUACUUUGAAGAAGGAGCUCUACAUGGCCAAGAAUCAAAGCUAG